GCGCGGACGGAGCGUCAGCAUCAGCACCCUCAUCUUCCUCCUGCGCGCGCAGACUUCGAGAUGCCGCGCGGCUUCCUGGUGAAGAGGAGCAGGCGCGCGCCGUACGGGGCCGUGUACAGAGCCCGCGAGGACGAGCACAACGAGCACGAGCAGCCGACCACCAGCACCACCAUCAGCGCGAUGACCCCGACUAGAACAGCGCGAGCUGCAGACGACGGCCCGCCGGUGCGCGCGCAACAGCAGCAGCCGCCGCCGCCGCCGCCAGAUCUUCAUCCUCGCGAGGAGCCACAGCAUCAUCCCCAUCAGAACCUUCAUCACCACCACCACCUCCAUCAUCAUCAUCAUCAUCUCCAGCAGCAGCUCUUUCCCGCGCGCUCCCCAGCCGUGGCCGAGUCCUUCCCGCUCAGCGCGAGCUCCGUGGCGCGCGCGCUGCUGUUGCAGCAGCAGCAGGGUCACGCGGAGUCGGCGGCGCGCGCCCACAGCGCCCACGCGCAGAGCGCGCGGAGCCGCAAGAAGCCGGCGAGGGUCGCGCGCAAACAGCAGCACCUGAGCGCGGAGGACGAAGAGUCCACUUCGCCCGUGCUGGGGCUCGCGAUCCUCCGCAGAGAGAAGGAGAGGAGUCCCGCGCCCGGCCGCGCGCACGCCGGGGGCACCUCUGGCUCCGGCGCGUCCGGAUCCGGCUCUGGAGGCGCGCGCCCCCUGCGAGAGUUCAUCUGCCAGCUGUGCAAGGAAGAGUACGCGGACCCGUUCGCGCUCGCGCAGCACAGGUGCUCGCGAAUCGUGCGCGUGGAGUACCGGUGCCCCGAGUGCGCCAAGGUGUUCAGCUGCCCCGCCAACCUGGCAUCGCACCGCAGGUGGCACAGACCGCGCGAGCAGCAGCAGCAGCAGCAGCAGCCGCCGCACGGACAAGCGCACGCGGACCACACCGUCAAGCACGCGGACAGCAAGGACAACAAGGAGGAGGGGAAGGAGAACGCGAGCAGGAGGGCGAGGAAGCACGCGGGACCAGAAGAGGAAGACGACUCUGGCGAAGGGGGCGCGCGCGCGUGCCGCUACUGCAGCCGGACAUUCCGCACGAACGCGCACCUGAGGAAGCACCUGACCACCACCUCCACCUCCACCUCCACCAUCAGCGCCGCGCCCCACUCCGCGCACGAGACCGAACAGGGAAGGUUCACGUGCGGACUGUGCCGGGGACACGCGCGCGCAGGCGCAGGAGGAGGAGAAGAGCGCGCGUUGUGGCCCGGGAGCGCGCAUGUAGGCGUGGGUAUGGGGGCUGUUGGUGUGAGUGUAGGGGGGAUCGGAGGCGGGGUGGAGUUCUGCCCCUCCCUCUACAGCGCGCACGGACUGAGCGCGCACCUGAGCAGGUGCCACACGGCGGAGAGCGCGCGCGCUGCCAUGAUGCACGUGCCUCCCAGACCGGUGUGCUGAUACAUACAGAGAGACGCUCGCGUACCCAGUUUAGACACGUGUGGACCGAGUCCCAAUUCGCACUCCCUGCUCCCUACAUAGUGCACACAGCAGAGGCCUCUGAAUCCCGUGCGCGAGUCCAGUGUCCUGGGUCGUGUGAUCACUGCUAGGAAAGACAAUAAGUGGCCAGUAAGUCACAUCAGCAGGUCAGCGAAGAGUUAGAGGUCCUGCUGAUGACACUUAGUGGCUGUUGUAGUCCAUCAAGUCCAGUCCGCUUGGCUCAGGUGGGCUUAGUGCACACGUCUAGAACAGGGGUGCACAACUCUGGGCCUGGUGGGCCGGCGUCCAGUUCACUCAAACACACCCACUAAACCUGGCAACUGAGUACAAUCAGGUGUGUUUGAGCAGGUAAAUCUCCAAAGCGUGCUGGACACCGGCCCUCCGGACCGAAGUUGGGCAUCCCCUGCUGUAGGAUCUCUUACAGCUCGGUUGGUGGAAGAGCUUUCCAGAGAGGUCCGGAGAGCAAGCUUGAUUAAAUCCAGAUUAAAAGACCACCACGCAGCCGCUUCUGUCUCCAAAUAAGCAACUUUACAGGAGAAGCGAAGAACUGACUUUACUUUCAAUGCAAGUUAAUGCAAAGACACUUUUUCCCAAGUCACUUUGGACCAUUUCUGUUGGUCCGUUCACCCUAAAACUUCAAUAUGAUGUAAAGAGCAGCUCAUAUUUUUAAACAGAGUUAAAAAAUGUAAAUCAAGGUUUGGUUCCGACACUGACGACACAGCUAGAAGCACUGCGGCUCAUUUUUUUCCUGCAGUUUGUAAAUAUCAUUUCCAUGUACAGCAUCUUUCUGACAUCCGCUUAUGCUCACUUGUAAAUCACUUAAAAUGAAGGAAAAAAAAGAUUACUAUUAUUCCUGGUAAUUCCAAAAUCCUGGACUGGAAGCUGGAGGCCCUCUGUGCACUAUAGGGAUGGAAUUGGGACUCAGCCAUACAUUCACACUCAUUAAUGCUGUAUGACGUGUUUGUGUUCUGCUCAUAUUAUAAUCAGUAUUUUCUUGUUUAUCUGAGAUGCAGUAACUGGUAUAAAACUUUAUUCCCGCUCCGGGUUCAUUAACUAUUCUUCAGUGUAAAUAAAUGUAAACGUGCUUUGUUUUGUUUGUUUACUGGCCCGUGUGCUUUAUUCCUGCUUACGAAAAGAAAAUGUACGAAGCACAAGUCAUACAAUAAAAAUAAUAAAGGAGGGGCUUUUAUGUGACGUGUAACAUUAUUAUAUUUUCAUAUGUGGCCCACACGUUUGCAGCUGUCUGAAUCCAAAGGCCAAUAAAACUGAAC